GACUCGCGUCAAGCACAAAACCGCGUCGGAAAGAGGUACCGGGACAAGCUUGGUGCGGAGUUUCAGAGCUUGCAGGCGGCGCUGCGCCUCGGGUGCUACGAAGAUAACGACACACAACCGAAGCGAGCGUCGACUGACGUCAACCACCAGGUGCAGUUGCUCGGGCAACCCAUGGAGGCGUGUGGCAACAGACCCGGCAGCACUGUCAAUAAGGCCAAGAUCCUGGCACUGGCAUGUGAACGCAUCAGCGAGCUGCUUCAGCAGUGGGAGUCAACAAAUGCGGAAAGGGACGCGUUGCGGCAGGAAAAGGUCUUGGCGGGUUGGUGA